CUAACAGACAGCCUUCUUCGGGCUCAGAGAGAGACAUCGAAGAUUCGACCGUAGCGGCCGCCAUUUUGUUUUUACUGUUACCGUAGCAACACGACCGAACAUUUUGCGCAUGCGUGACCAGGUUCUCUCUCGGAUAAAGCCGCCCCAAUGCCGAUCAGCGAUGUCCUGUAUGCCACGGAGAGAUGCUAAAGAGGAUCAUUUGUUUGUUCUGCGUCUCGCUCUUGUCCGCAGACAAAGGGAACCUCAAGUUUCGGGAAGCGGCAGAACAAGUCGCACACGCUGUGCGUCCGAUGCGGAAGGAAGGCCUUCCACAUUCAGAAGAAGAGGUGUGCUAGCUGCGCCUACCCCGCCGCCAAGAGAAGAAAGUGUAAGUAAAGAGUGCGUGUUUGAAUGUAGAAGAGAACGUGUGUUCCCUGUAGAUAAUUGGAGUGUGAAGGCUAAGCGAAGGCACACAACGGGCACAGGGAGAAUGAAGCAUCUUCGUGUGGUCCAGAGACGGUUCCGGAACGGAUUCCGAGAAGGCACGCAGGCCAAGUCACAGAAGAGAAGAGCUCAGAAAACAGAUUAG